GGGGAAUUCCUAAGGGAAGUUACUCUUCGCUCCCGAGGCGGUUGUUUUGUAUAAAUACUUCAUUCUCUAAAUGUCGACUAUCAUUCGUUCUCGGUGAUUUGACCGUUGUAGUUUCAGUGUGUUAAAAGGAAACAGCAAUCCAAGAUGAAGCAGGUCUGUGUUUUAAUCACAAUGGUGUGUACCAUCGCCGCUCAGGAGUUUGUGCCAGUUUUACGUGACCCAACAUACCCCGUAUGGUACGUGGGGGGCGCAGUCGGAGGCACGGUGAGACAGCGGGGGCGCCGUGACGUCACGGUGGAUCGUAAAGUGGGCGACAACGGCAAGGUGUUCGGAACUCUUGGCGCUAACGAUAAUGGACUCUUUGGUAAGGGCGGUUACGAGCACCAGAUCUUCGACGACGCUCGUGGAAAGCUGAGCGGGCAGUUGUCGGGCUCGCGGGUUUUGGGUCCGAUGGGAGACGCCUCGCUGGUGGGCGGAGGCCUGCGCUACGAGAACCCCAACGCACAGGCCUCUCUGGACAUCACCAAGCAGAUACACGGACAUACUAUGUACUCGGCGGCGGCCGGCGGUAAAUGGCCGGUGGGCAAGAACGGCGACUUCUCAGUGCAAGGAACGUACAACCAGAUGCCAGGCUUGAGGGACUAUGGAGCGAUGGCCAACUACAACUACAGGUGGUGAAUGAUGAGUGAUGUACUCUAGAGCUCUGUUACUGUGAUGGCUUUUAAGUGAAUUAGAUAUUAAUUAAUGACAUGACGUUUAGAAUAUCCAUUAGCUGUACAUUUUUAAGGACUAAACCCGGAUUAAAAUAUGUUUGUACUUAUAUUUUAAAGUUGAGAAGCGUACGCUGUGUUAUAAUCGCGAAGUAAAAUUAUUCCAAAUUUAAAAUUUUGUCUUUAUCUUACCUGUGUCACUACAGAAUUACAUGAGAGGGAGAAGUACCUACCUAAUUUCAAACUUGAAGUAACUUUUCAUUGCAUUUAUUAAGACAGUGUUUUGUCAAACCUAACUGAAUGCUGUUUGCAUUAUAAUUAUAAAUGGCGUCACCUUUUUGUACUACUUUUAAAACUGGGUUGAUGGCCAUCAACCAUGUAUUUUUUUAAUUAAGUAAUUACAAGCCUAAUCGAAGCUUAUCAGCUGAUAAAUUGUAAUAAGAAAUGCCAACCAGCUCGUCAAAUACGAGUAGGUAGGUAUUAACAUAAUUGUACAUACAAUUAUUGCCAAAUCAAUUUAUUAUUGUACCUAAAUGAUGUAAUUUUUGUAAUAAAUAGUUAGUAUCUUCUA